UGGAUUUUUACUGUAAAAACUAAUCCAUUCUGAGCUUUAAUUUCCACAAGCGAUUCUUCUUCAUACCCAUAUAUUUUUUAAUGUUCUUUUCCGAAGACGAAGAUCUGUCGGGGAAAGAGAUGGAGCCUCUGUAUAAUCAGCUUGCCAAGUCCUCUUACAAGGAGUCCCUUAAGGGCCUGGAAGCCGAUAUACAAUUUGCCAAUACCUUAGCGGCAUCAAUUCCAAGAGCCAAAGGUGGUGCACGUCUUCAAAUGAAAUUAGUUUACAGCCACUUGACUCCUUUGUUUCUGUUUCUGCUCCAGUGGAUGGAUUUCUCUUGUGCAUGCCUACUACAGAGAUAUCUAAACCUCUUCAACAUACUGGUGUACAAGGUAUAUCAAGAUGGGAGGCCUAGCAUUUCUUCGCAUGGGAGGAAAGCAACAAUUGGGGAAUUUUAUGCUGUCAUAUUGCCCUCUCUACAACAGCUCAAUGGUGAUUCUUACGAGAGAGAUUGCAGCGUAGAGAUGUUUGGAAGAAAGAGACUGGAAGAAAAGAGGAAGUUCUCUGAUAUGGAUUUGGAGAGAGAAGAUGAAUGUGGCAUUUGCAUGGAGCCAUGCACGAAGAUGCUUUUGCCAACUUGUUGCCAUACCAUGUGCAUUAACUGCUACCAUGACUGGAAUACAAGGUCAGAGUCCUGCCCAUUUUGCCGGGGUAGCAUAAAGAGAGUUAAAUCAGGAGACCUAUGGGUUCUCACCAAUAACAGCGAUAUGCUUGACAAAGAAACAGUGGCCAUGGAGGACUUAUUGCGGUUCUACCUCUAUAUUGAUAAGCUGCCAAAAGAUAUUCCAGAUACCCUUUUCUUAGUGUAUUAUGAGUACCUAAUCUGAUCAAAGGGAGAUCGGAAGAAUAAUGUACAGAAAGGGUACCCAAUCUGAUGUACAGAAAAAGAAAAGCCGACCGUAGCUUGUAAACAGAGUCUGGUGAGAAAAAAUUUCCUAGUUAAGACAUCAAAUAAUCUCCUUCCUCCCUUACAUUUGUGUAGAACUGUGUAAGCCUCAGAGACAGAGGCACCAAAAAAGAAUGAAAGUUGAAUCUCUU